AUGCCAGGCGACGACGACUUGAUCGAGGCCGCCAAAUCGACGGCAGUAGAUUACUAUGAUCUGCUAGGCAUCACCUUCGAGAACUCUAGUGAAUCCGACAUUCGCCGCGCCUACCGCCGUACCGCAUUAAAAUAUCACCCCGACAAGAACGCCGACAAACCAGAUAUUGUUGAGAAAUUUCACCUUUUACAAAUCGCAAACGACAUCCUAUCAAGUCCCGAAUACAAAGCCAUAUAUGAUAAUGCUCGCCGUGCCAAGCAAGAGAGGGAGGACCGCCAUCAGGCCUUCGAGGGCAGGCGCCGUCAGAUGAAAGAGGACCUGGAGAAUCGUGAAAAUGCCAGUCUGAAGAGAAAGCAUCAAGAAGAGGAAGAAGGCGAUAAGUUACAGCGCGAGAUCCAGCGUCUGGCUGCAGACGGCAAGAGGCGACGACUCGAAAGGCAAGACCAACUGAACCGUGAGCGACUCGAAGAGGAGGAACGUCUCGAUCGCGAGAGGAACGGAUACACAUCUACCCAAACACAACCUGCACCAUCUCAAGGAGGGACCGCCGUUGCCGAUAUUGAUCGAUCUGUCAAGGUCGUCUGGUCAAAGGAAAACGAAGGAGCAUCCAUCGACAAAGAGCGUCUGAAGACCAUCUUCACCACAUUUGGCAAAAUUCAGGACGUGGCAAUACUCAGCGACAAGAAGAAACGCCUAGGGGAGAGCAAGUCGAAGAGCCUUGUUGGAAGUGCCCUCAUAAUAUACGACUCGGUAGUGGGUGCCCAUGCCGCAGUCUCUGACUUCAAAAAGCGCCAGUCAGAGCCAGACUUUAGCAUCCUCGACUCGGUCUAUUGGGCAUCCAACAAGGAGCCCGACUUCCUACCGCGCCCAUCAACACCAGUUUCCGCCUCAUCACCUACGGAACCAAAGCCAACACCACGACCAAUGCACGAGAUACCAGGCAUGGGCUCACCUGUCACACCGCUCAAACAGGCAGGAAGCCUUCGUAAAGUUCCUUCCUUCGCUUCAUUCCGUAGUGCCAAGAACUCGCCCGUCGCUCCUUCCGUUUCAAGCCCCAGUCUCGAGGAACUCACUAUGAUCAGGCUGAAGAACGCAGAGAAGAGGCGACUUGAGGAGCAAAUUCGCAAGCAGGAAGCCGAGGACGAAGUUUGA